GUGGGUCAGAGAUUAAUGCUACAAAACUGUAUGAGGAGAUGAUUGAAGUAGGUUUCGUGCCAUGUGCCACAACUUACAAUGCACUUCUAAAUGCUUUGGCUAGACGUGGUGAAUGGAAAGCAGCAGAAUCUGUUAUUCUAGACAUGAAAAAUAAAGGCUUCAGACCUAAUGAAACCUCACACUCUUUGAUGCUUUAGUGUUAUGCAAAGGGAGGAAAUGUAAAAGGGAUAGAGAAGAUUGAGAAAGAAAUAUAUGGUGGUCGUAUCUUUCCGAGCUGGGUACUUUUAAGAACCCUUGUUCGUGCAAACUUCAAAUGUGGAGCACUAGUGGGUAUGGAAAGAGCAUUUCAGGAAUUGCUUAGGAGGGGUUAUAAACCUGAUUUGGUUUUGUUCAAUUCAAUGCUUUCCAUUUUUGCCAAAAACAGAAUGUAUGAGAAUGCCCAUGAAACAUUUAACUUGAUUCGCUUCAGUGGGCUGCAACCUGAUCUUGUCACCUACAACAGCUUGAUGGACAUGUAUGCCAGAGUGGGAGAAUGUUGGAAAGCCGAGGAAAUUCUCAAAGGGCUAUAGACAGUUGGUGGAAAUCCGGACCUUGUGUCUUACAAUACUGUCAUUAAAGGAUUUUGCAGGCAAAGGCAUAUGCAGGAGGCCCUAAGAAUUCUAUUAGAAAUGACAACCAGAGGGAUCCGACCAUGUAUUUUUACUUACAAUACUUUUCUGACAGGCUAUGCAGCACAGGGGAUGUUCAAAGAAAUAGAUGAAGUGAUCAGCUACAUGAUUCGGCACAACUGCAGACCAAAUGAUCUUACGUACAAGGUUGUGGUGGAUGGUUAUUGUAAAGCAAGAAAAUACAAAGAAGCCAUGGACUUUCUUUCAAAGAUCAAAGAGAUGGAUAGCUUUUUUGAUGACCAGUCGGUAUAAAGACUUGCUGUCCGCAUAAGAAAGAAAUUGGAGUCAUGAAUUCUAAAGAUUCCUGUCAUUUUCCUUGCUUCUUGAAGAAAAUACCUGGGUCAAUCUUGGUGGAAUAUUUGACCAACUGACUGGCUUGUUCAUAUUUCUCCUCAAUCAAGUUACGAAUAGCCAGUCAUGUAUUUUAUUUGACCACAUUGGAUUCUCUACUAGAUUCAGAACUUAACAGAUCAAGAGUUUCAGCCAUUUGAAUCUUUAACAUUCAGAUAUCUUCAGAAUGAAACCAAAGACAGGCAUCCAUGGUCAUUGGUACCUCUGCAAUUCGCUUAGUUGCUGCUGCUACUUGCCAUUCUUCCUCCUAUGCACCAGCCCUCAGUUCGACUGAGACUGAGAUUGUUAGAAGCUUCAACCUUCUAAUCACUUUGUCAAGUUUAGCUGAAAUUUCAUGCCUCGUUGUCCUGUAGCAUAUAUUCUUUUACCAUUUUUUGCCACUGAAUUUGUAAAUCUGUUUAAUUCCUUGUACCUUGCUUUGAGUUGAACAAAAUUAAAGCUGCAAA